CAAUCACCUGUCAAACCUAGUACAACAUGGCUCAGGCUGCGUCAAAAACAUGUGAAAUUUGUGUGAGUGCCCCUGGGUCACAAUACUGCUUAGACUGUGAGCAACUUUAUUGUGAAAACUGUAAGUCACUGCACCAAAGACAGAAGUUAUCGACAAACCACCAGUUUCAAAACGCUUCCGAACUAAUCCCGGAAGGUAAAUCUAGAUGUAGCCAACACACAGAAGAAUUUACUUUAAUGUGUAAUACAUGCAAUGUACCAGUAUGUACAAGUUGUGUGACAGGAAAGCAUAAUAAGCAUGAAUUUUCCAAAUUUGUCGAUGCAAUCGCUCAACUACGAGGAUAUAAUGAAACGAAAAUACGUGCAAAAACAAAUCAGGCAGAUCAGAAUAUAACGAAAAUUGAGGACAGCUUGACAUCGUUUGAUAAUGAUGUAGAAUCUGUCAUAAAAGCAAUCACUGAUCAAAGCAACAAUAUUAAACGCAUGGUUGAUAAAUCAGUAGCUCAAAUGAUUGCCUUAGUAAAAGAACAAUCUAAGAAGGAGAAAGAUAAACUUACGAAGAGUUUAUCUGCUGCUAAAGCCGUACUUGUUGCUGGACAGAACAUAGAUAAGAGGAGACAGGAUCUAGAUAAAACCAGACCCGAUGAAACUAUGGUACAACAAAUCAAUAAGAUAAAAGAAGAGAUCAACAAACUAAAUAUAAACCCUCUUCUCGAGUUUCCAAAGAUAUCAUUCGAUAGCAAAGUUGUGACUGAGGAUGAUAUAAGGCAACUAAUCGGUACAUAUACUGUAAGUGGAUGUUCACCAGUCGAAAAAAAAGAAAAGCAGCAACAUGGAUUUCUAUUUAGAUGUCCGAUUUGUGGGCGUGAACGUAUCGGACCUAACAGCGACUUUCACCAUCUCAGACGAAAAUUACUUGAGAAAGGUAUGACACUUACUUUAGCAAAUGUAAGAAGUAUUGCAAAAGCUAUGGAAGACUCAGAACGACAAGCUAAAUCAAUUGAAGGUCAAGGUCAAGUCAACAUGAUACAGUCAAAAGGUCAGGCUUUAUUGAGUCGUAAUACAGCAGAACAGUUAGGUGUGCUGCAGCUUGUUCACAGUGUUAGUGAACCUGGAACAAUUAAGGACAAGUAUCCAGAAUGUUUUGGUAAAUUGAAAUCAUUUCAGUUACAGAUACCUAUCGACCCAGAUGUUGAACCCAUUAUUCAGCCUAUGAGGAGGGUACCGUUUUAUCUGUGCGAUAAAGUUGGCAGGAAGUUUUUGAUAUAA